AUGGCUAAAAAUGGUGAAAGAAAGAAGCGCGAUGUCUCACUUUUCCACCGGAUCGCUGCUUCUUCGGUUGGUGGGAUAAUGACAGCUUUUGUUAUGACACCCCUAGACGUCUUGAAAGUGCGGAUGCAGUCCCACCGAGUGUAUUCGGAUAGCAAAUGUCUUACUUAUUGCAAUGGGCUAAUAGAAAGGCUUUGCACAUGCUCACUUAGUCCUAACACGUGCGCUGUUUCGUGGUCAAAAAAUGCUAUGAAAUGUUCUGGCAGAUGGAAUUGGUUUACCUCCAAUGAAUCUCACUGUUGUUCCACAUGUGUCCUGCAUUCUGAAAAUCCAUCCUUUGUCACAUUCUACCGGCGUACCCCAAGCGCUACAGUUACACUCAUGAAAAUUAUUCGUAAUGAAGGUGUUCUAUCACUAUGGAGUGGACUUUCACCAACACUUGUAAUGACUCUUCCUCAAACUGUUAUCUACUUUACUGUUAAUGAUUGGUUAAAACAUCAAGUUGGAUAUACUUCAAAAACCAAGCAUAAAUCAAUGCCAAAUAUAACUGAACAGAAUUACGCCUCUGCUAAGCAUUUUAUCCCACCAUUAGUAGGUGGUGUAUCACGAGUAUUUGCAGUUAUGGCUAUCUCACCAAUUGAAUUGUUACGGACAAAAAUGCAGGCAAAGAAAAUACCCUACCGAGAAAUAACAACAUUGCUUGCUACAACAGUGAAACAGGAUGGUAUAAAGAGUCUGUGGUUAGGCGCCGGGCCAACUCUUCUACGUGAUGUCCCGUAUUCUAUGAUAUUUUGGUUAACCUAUGACUAUAUGAAAUCGCAUCAUAUCAAUGAUCAAACAAGGCUUAAUUUACUACCACACAAUACAUUACCAAAUACUAUUGAUGCAGUACAAUUCACUUAUGCAUUAAGUUUUGGAGCAAUGGCUGGCUUGAUUUCUGGAGUAUUAACGCAUCCUUUCGAUGUGAUUAAAACGCAUAGACAAGUUGAUUUUGGUAAUCAUUCACUAGCAUGUAGUCAUUCUUAUCCAACAUCAACAUGGGCAUCAUUACUUAAUUUGUACAGAAGAAACGGUCUUCCUGCCUUGUUCUCUGGUUUUACACCAAGAUUGAUUAAAACAACUAGCGCUUCUGCAAUAAUGAUUGCAAUUUUUGAAAGUUUAAAGGAGAAAUUUGUAAAUAUCGGAACAACUUGA